UUUCAAGUCGACUUGUGGAUAGAUUGCAAACGCGAUCAGAAAUUGAUUUUUUACAUUCUCUGACACCGUACGUAGAAGCCGAGUAACAACCAGAGUUACAUCUAAGAGGAACGAUAUGCCAAAGCUGAAGAGAUUGAAUAGUUUGAACGUAUAUGUGUACACUUUGUUCUUUUUACACAUGCAGAUGCCUUUUUUUUCUGUACAGGUUUCCAAUUUUAUGUCGAAUAUUAUAAUGUUAUUUAAUAUUUAGCUGUUUCUGUGAUGUAUUUGUUACAUUUAAAAAUCCAGUCAUCGUACUUUUUUUGUUGUACUUGCUGUACUUUUGUUGCACUUGGAAAUUAUUCUACUGUUCAAUGUACCAUCAUAACUAUAUUGCAAUUAUAGUAAAAACUAUUUAUUAUAUAUUAUAAGUGUUGGUUAAUCCAUUUGCUGAUUAAUGCAUAUGUUAAUUACAUUGUAAUUUACUGACACAUGUGUAGUAAAUAUGUAUUGUACUUGUGUAUUAUUGUGUUCUAUUGUCAUGUAAUUACUCGUUUCUGUCAUUACCAUUUAUUAUUGUAAUUAAUUUAUUAUUAGAUCUAUACAUUGGCAAUUGCAUUAUGACUAUAACAAUUCAGUCUGGCUUUUGUGAAUAUGCGAUUGUAAUGAUAACCGAGUGCUUUAUUAUUAUCGUAAUCACGCUUACUGAUACGUAAAAUUAACCUAACAUGAUGCCGGUGGGACCGCGAGUGACGUGUGAAAUGUGUAUGUAAUGUACGUGUGUAUUACAAGCGACUUGCUUGAUGUGUGCUUGACGUGUAAUGGGAGGCUUUUAAAAUUUAUUUUGUUUGUGCGGCAAUGAUAAAAAUCGCGGGAUAUUGACAAUCUGUGCGGCUGAAAAAUACUCGGAUUUCGAUAAAAAUCUUGAAAAACUUUAUUAAAAAGCAUCAUGUCCAGCACAUUCGAGAGGGAUCCUAAAAAGAGAAGGGUGAAACCGGUCGAAUCAGCGCAGCAGUCUUUGCUCGACUUUGAUUUGGGUGAGAGUUCAGACGACAGUGAUUUCCGAAUUGAGGAUCAUUGCGAGGAAUCUGACGAUGAUUCAGUGGAUUCUAAUGACGUCGGCAGAGAAGAUGCGUCUGAGGAAUCUGACGAUUCACUGGCAGAUCCGCUAUUGGGUGGAAAAGAUAAUGCCGGCUUAACUGUGGGAGACGUAAUUGAGCAGGCUCGUCAGCAAGCUUUGAAAGGCGCUCCCCUCGAUGAGAAACUAAACAAAAUGCUGAUUUGCUGUGGUUGCUUAGGCGAUAGGAGUGAUGACAUAAACGAGAUUGUUGAGUGCGACGGUUGUGGAGUCAGUGUUCACGAAGGCUGCUACGGUGUGUCCGACGUAGAGAGUUUCUCGAGUACCGACUCCUUGUGUCAAUCGGCACCGUGGUUCUGCGAAGCUUGCAGUGCAGGCAUCGAAGACCCAUCGUGCGAGCUCUGUCCCAAUAAGGGUGGGAUUUUUAAGGAGACGGAUGUCGGAAAGUGGGUUCACCUGGUCUGCGCUCUUUAUGUGCCCGGUGUUGCUUUUGGCGAAGUCGAUCGUUUGUCGAGCGUGACGCUGUUCGAGAUGGCGUACAGCAAGUGGGGCGCCAAGACGUGCUCCCUGUGCGAGGAUUCGCGGUUCGCGCGCACAGGUGUGUGCAUUGAAUGCGACGCUGGAAUGUGUCACACGUAUUUUCACGUGACCUGCGCGCAAAGGGAGGGUUUACUGUCCGAGGCGCACAGCGAGGAGGUCGAUCAGGCCGAUCCGUUUUACGCGCACUGUAAAUUACAUUCUGACAAGUCCCUCGUUCGUAGGCGUAGGCGUAACUGGCUGGCUUUGCAGUUACGUGCACAGUACCGGCAGCAGAUGUUGAAACAGCCUAAUCACUUGGACUCGGACGAGCAACGUAGAAUUCAAAGGAAGCUGGCGAAACACAGACACAAGUAUCUCGCUCACAAGGCGUCACGUCCACCUCCAUGGGUUCCCACGCAGAAGAUGCCACGUUUGCUGACUACAUCUGCGUCCGCUUGUCGUCAAUUGGCGAGGAAAGCCGAGCUGAUGGGUGUGGACACGGCCGCGUUGGAAGCGCAGGAGUCUCAACUGGUGGCGUUGGUCGAUGUGAGAAAAAAGUGGCACAUCGCUCCCGCCUUUAGCGUAGAGUUCAUUGGCUACUACCUGGACCGCAACCUGCGGGUAACGUCUAUGAAGAGGCGGCUGCAAGAGCUCCUCGAUAUUAACUCGCAAUUGCUGAACGAGCAGCAACGACUGGACAGAAAGUACGACGAGGUAAUGAAGGAUAACGAGGAGCAGAUUAGAGUGAACGUGACGUUGAAGGAAAAGAUCGAACAGUAUCACCAAGUACUUAAAAGCGCCGGUUACGUGAAGCCCCUGCCGUCGAUCGCCGAUUUGGCCAAGCCGAGGAUAGCACCCACGUUAGGUACAGGACUAGGCGUGCCCACGGCGGCCGCUCUCAAGAUGGGCGUCGGAUUCCCACUGCCCGUGGGUAAGGGCGCCGAGGGUAUACGCGAGGGUAGGGUACUCAGCAGCCAGGCGCAGCAGGAGCAGAAUCACAAGAGCGAGCUCGCGACGGUGCGGCACCAGUGCGGCAUCUGCAGACGGUCCUCCAAUCAACAUCUUCUUGCGAAGUGCGACACGUGCCACUUGCAUUACCACCUCUCCUGCUUGAGCCCGCCCCUGACUCGGAUGCCGAAGAAGACGAGGCAGAUGGGAUGGCAAUGUUCGGAAUGCGACAAGGAGUCGUCGGGAUCGGAGGUGGAACGUGUGGACACGUCGGCGCCGCGCAAGUUAAGACACUGUAAGGACGACGUUAAUUCAACGCUCACACCGACGCAGGAGGUGCAGGCACCUGCGACGCCAAGCACGCCCACCACGUCGAAGAAUUCUGCCAGCAACGUGACAAACGUUACCGCCCCCGACACGCACACAACACCGAAACUAACUAUUAAACCGAUAGGCCCGCAACCGUCGACCGUGGAACCUGUGCAGGCAGCUGAAUCGAUGUACAAUCAACAGUCCGUCAACAAUAUCACCAUAAGAGAAGGUUCCCCGGAGUAUAUGGUAGCUUCGGCAGAUGGGACGGAAUCUGUCCCGCAGAAAAGCGGAAAAAAGAGGAGGAGGGAAAAGCACAAGAGGUACUCUCCGGAUCCGAUAACCGGAGUGAAACAGAGGAAACGGAAGCACAAAAGGAAAAGUUUAGAUGUAGAAAAUCCCGAAGUCCAAAGCCAACCGGAAGUUCACAGGAGGAUCACGAUAAAGAUAAAACCGAUUCCACGGCCGGAAGGUGACGCAGCUUCGGAGUCAAGUCCACAAAUGUUCGUGGCUACCUCGACGAGCACCGAGAUCACGUUGCCACCGCCACCCGUGCCGCCCCCGGCUGCUAACGUUGUGCCGCCGGUAAACGUGAACAGCAGCGGUCGACUCUCGACGGGAGCGAAAAAAGGGAAAGAUACGGACCUUAUGACGCAAUGCAACGUCUGUGAUACUCCCGGCACUAACCAAAAUCUCGUUAUGUGCGACGAAUGUAAGAAGUGCUAUCACUUUACGUGCUUAGAUCCUCCAGUGAAAAAGUCUCCGAAACGGAGAGGCUAUUCGUGGCACUGUGCCGACUGCGAUCCUAGUGCCUCUGAAACUGAGACUUAAUAUCAACAAUUUUCUAUCUGCAGCUACAAUUCUCUGCGUUCACAUAAACGAGGCAUUCUGUGUCAUUAUGUUUUUUUGUAAGAUAUAUACAACAACACACGUAGGAAAGACAGCAACUUUUUCUGUAAUUCAAAACACGAACUCUGUAAAAGCCACUAUUACAGAUUCCACUUGAAAACAAUGGUUUAUUUGAAUCUUGACGUAAAAUUCACGCUACUUAUUUCCUAUGAUUUCGUUUACGGACUUUUUUGUAACGCUCUGUAGUUUCGUAGUGAUUCUGUUUAGCGAAGAUAUUAAGCAUAAAUUAUAAUAGUAGAAGAUAAGAAUAUACAAAAAAUAUUUUCGCAUGGGACAAAAAGAGAUUGUUUAAAAUGCAAAAUUACAAAUUCUAGAAUGAGCAAAAACGAUUUUCAAACAAUAUUUAGGAAGGACAUAUUGACAUGUAACGAGCAACAUUUUACCGCAUGAUAAAAUCAUGAUAACAUCGUUGCGUUAAUAUUACAAUUUUUGUACAUUCUAAGUUAAAUUUUACUAUUAUAGUGAAUAAAAAUUUUCAUGACCGUAUCUCUGUUCCUGGAUGAAACUCUCAUAGAUUUACAAAAAAAGGUUUUACGGUGUCAGAGAUGGAAGCAACACUGGAAUUAUAUAUUACGUCGCUCCGAAAAAAA